CAAGUAAUGUGAUUUUAUAUGUGAUGAAAGUUUGUAGCUUGCGAUGACAAGUUUAAAUGUUGAAAUCGAUUAUUUGUUAAUGAAUGAACUAUUUAUGAAUUUUAGGAUAAACUGAUGUGUUUACAAUUUUUUUUAUAUAGUAUUAUUGGUUAAUAAUAACUAUUAAACGUCGAUGUAAUUAUAAUUAAGUAGCAAUAAGAAAUUUACAGUUAACCUCACAUAACAAAAACAUGUUGCAUGCUAUUGCUCAUGAUGUAAAAAAGAAGCCACGCACUAAAGAUGUUAAAAUAUUAGAAGAUGUAACUUUCUCUCAAAUGGGACUCUCUCAAUAUAUUUUAAAUGGGUUAGCUAAUUGUGGUUUUCAAAGUCCAUCUCCUAUACAACUCAAAGCUAUACCAUUAGGACGUUGUGGUUUUGAUUUAAUAGUAAAAGCAAAAUCUGGAACUGGAAAGACAUUAGUAUUUGGUACUGUGGCUCUUGAAAUGAUAGAUGUUCAAGUAUCUACUGUACAAGUUUUAAUAUUAGCACCUACAAGAGAAAUAGCUAUCCAAAUUUCUGAAGUUUUGUCAUCUAUUGGUUCAGCAUUGAAAGGACUGAAAGUUGAAUCUUUUAUUGGAGGAAUGGUUUUAGACGGUGAUAAAAAAAAACUUAAGGUAUGUCAUAUAGCAGUUGGAGCUCCAGGUAGAGUAAAACAUUUGAUAGAAAAAGGAUUCCUUAAAACUGAUAAUAUUAGAUUAUUUGUACUUGACGAAGCAGAUAAAUUAAUGGAAAAUAGUUUCCAAGGAGACAUCAAUUAUAUUUUUUCUAAAUUACCAUUUAGUAAACAAGUUAUAGCAUCAAGUGCAACUUACUUAGGAGAUUUGGAAUCUUUUCUUAAAAUGUAUAUGUGUUCACCAGUAUUAACAUCUCCAGAUAAUGAUGGACCAAUUCUUGUUGGUUUAAAACAAUUUGUUUCUGUAGUACCUUCACAUCCAUAUACAAUGAAACAGGUCGAGAUAAAAGUAGAAGAGCUUAUCAAGAUUUUUAAUAAAAUUCCAUUUAAACAAUGUUUAGUAUUCUCAAAUUAUCAAUCAAGAGCACAAUCUGUAUGUAAUAAAAUCAAUUCAAUGGGUUUUUCUGCUACUUACAUAAUAGGAAAUCAAGAUAUGGUUAAGCGACAACAGGCUAUUAAAAAAUUAAAGACACUUAAAUGUAGAAUAAUGCUAACAACUGAUUUAACUGCUAGAGGUAUUGAUGUUGAAAAUGUAAAUUUAGUUGUCAAUCUUGAUAUACCUGGAGAUGCAGCUACGUAUUUACAUAGAAUUGGAAGAGGUGGUCGUUAUGGAUCUUACGGAAUUUCUAUCACAAUUAUUUCAGACAAUGAAUUAGAGUUGUUCAAGGAUAUAUUAGGAACUGUUGGAGGAAAUAAUUUUUCUAUUGCUAAGCUUCCUGUAGAGUAUCCACUUAAUAUUUGGAAUUGUGAUUAUUCAGCAUUUGAUAAGAUUUUUGGAAAAUGUGAUCGUGAUACAGACGAAGAAGAAAUUGGCAAUAGUAGACUUGAUUCAGAUGAUAGUUUGCCUACUCUUAUAUCUCACGAGAAAUCUCAAUGUGACGAAGUAUUGUUAGAGGAUAAUAAAAAUAAUGCAGGUAACAUUCAGUUAUCCUUCAAUGAAAAUAUGUUAAAUCAAAUAAUAAUUAAUAAUCCAGUAUGUGAAAAUAGUAAAUCUUCUAAAGAUAUAACUAUAUCAAAAUCAGAAGAUACAAUUAAUUCGUUACCUGCACAGCACAUAAAAGAAAAGAACAAACUUGAAUGUUCUUUAAGAAAUCAAAUGGAAAAAGAAAUACCAAAGUUUGAUACUUCAUCUAUUGAACCAACAUCAACGAAUUUAUACGAAUUUCAAUUAAUAAAUGAUUCCAAUAAUCCAUCUAAGUUUCAAAAACUUAAUAAAGAUGUUGUGUUUAAAGUUGAUUUAUCUAAUAUUGACCAGGAUGAAUUAUUAAAUAUUCAUGAUAAUAAAAUGAUGGAGUAUUUGAAAUUUACAAUCAAUAAGAAAUGUGCUACAAAUAUGUCUACUCAGAUAAAUAAUAAAAUUAAUUCUGGAAUUACGAGUGAUAAUAAUUUAAUAUUUGAAAAUAAGGAAGAACAAAGCCACUUCACAAAAAAGAAUAAUAUUUCGUAUGUUGAGUUAUCAGAAGAUACAGAAGAUAUUGGUGUUUCUUGUAUUAAAGAAUUAUUGAACUAUAUGCAAAUACAUGAAGAAAGUUUUAAAAAACGGGAUAAACUUGAUACUGGCCAUGAUGAAGAUUCUAUACUAAAUAUAGCAUCAGGAUGGAAUAAACAGCUUAAGUUUGAAAUUUAUUUAUUAGACAAUACAAUGUCAAAUUCUAUUUAUGGAACUAUAGAAAAAGAAUAUUGUUUAGCUUUAAAAACUUUUCUGCAAAUACAAAGGAAAGCUUUUCUCUGUAUUUAUCCCGAACUUCGUACUGACGAAGAAAUUGAUGAUACCUAUGCAUAUUCAUUACAAAUAUCCAAAAAUUUCAUGGAUGUUUACAAAACAAUAGAAGAUUUUAAAAGUUGUUAUAGAAAAUGUGGAAAAAAAUUUGAUGCUUACUUUCCUUAUCCAAUGAAGGAAGAUGCUUUUAUGCCAAAUUUAAUGAUAUCUGAUAAAGAAAUUGAAGAUUAUCGUAAGGCAUUACAAUAUUUACAACAACCACCAGAUAUUACAUUAAGACUCAUAGAGUGGAUUAAACAUUUUACUGUCUUAGAUCAAUUUGAAUAUAAUAAUUUAAUUACUAAAAUAAAAGAACAAGGAAAAAUAUCUUUUGAUGAAUUAUUUGCUUUUAUACAACAAGAGAAUAUCAAAAAGAUAAAUAAUAAAGUUAAAUUAAAGAAAGAUUCUUCGUAUUCUGCAAUACAAGAAAAUAGUUGUAUUCCAUUAAUAAAUCAUAAUUAUACAAAUGAUUCUAUAUUAGAUCAGAUUCAUGAAGAUCCAGAAGACAUAAAGAAACUUGGUGAGGAAAUGAAUGCAAUGAAUUUGCAAAAUAAAUUAAAUAAAAAUUCUAAUGUAAUAGAACAUUUAGUUACAUGCGAUCAAAAAUGUAGUACAAAUGCACAAACAACAGAUAAAAGUAAUCAAACUGACUUUCCAAAUGCAUCGUCUUUGGAUAUUCAUAAUGCCAGAAAAGAAAGCUUAUUAUCAGCUCCAAUUCUAAAUAAAAAAACAAAAUAUAAUUAUAUACGAAAGAAAUAUUCAACAAAAACAUCUAUGAAUUCAUACAGAUCUGUACCACAAAAAAGCUUAAAUGCUAUUCAAACUGUUUCUGUUCCAUUAGCACAACAAGUAAAUCCAGAAACUAUUAGUAUAUAUAAACAAAUUCAUAGCUUUGAUGAUCACUCAGUUCCUAAAAAAUGUUUAAAUACAAAACAAAAUUCUAAUAUCAACGUACAAAUGCAGUGUCAUAGGAAAAACUGUAAUACAGAUACAAAAUCAGAUGGAAUUUCUUCUCAUUGCGAUGUUAAUAAUUGGAACAGUUAUAAUCAUAAUAUAGAUCCUUGGAUUCAACCAUACUCUUUUUAUAACAAUUAUACAGAUAACAACUUUUCUUACAAUCUAAAUUAUGAUACGUGUCAGAAGCAAACUUCUCCAAAUAGUGAUUAUUAUAAAUUAAAAAUUAAUCAAAAUACAUCAAAUAAUUCUGUAAAUUCAGAUGAUAAAGAAGAAAUAGACAUUGAAGAAUUAUUUACAUCCAUUAGAAUACAAACUAAUAAUUUACACUGGCAAAUUUAUCAGUCUCAAAUGUUAGAACAGUACAGUGAAAAUGAAUAGUGAUGAUCAAAUGAUGUGCUUAUGAAUACACAUAUACAUACAUAUGUAUAUAUAAAAUAUUACUACUUAUAAAUUGAAUGUUACCUUAUUUUUGGUCAUGAUUUCUAACGAUUGAUUUAUAAUCGAUUGGUAAUAUAUAAUGAUAUGCGAAACGAUCGAUAGUAAAAGGUCAUAUGUUAGUGGUAUGCAUUUAUAAGAUACAUGUUCUGUGUGCCAUGUGUAACCUUUUACCAUCGAUACCGUACUACCUGAUCUUACGUAAUUCAAUUGAUCUUUCUCGAUUGAAUUUUGUGGGAUUACAAAUCGUAUAUGUCCUAUUGAGUAAAAAGAUCGAUGUAAAAGACGCGUAUUAUAUAGUUUUAGGGUUAGGAAGUAUAUUACAUGUAUGGUUAUGUAAAUAUAAAAUAUAAGAACUUCCUAAUGCUUUCUACAAUAAAAGUUAUUUUUUUAUAAUAAUUCUA